UGUCAAUCAACAAAGUUAAAAAUCAAAACCUAUGCCACUACAUCAUUAACACAUCCUAGCGCCGCUCAACCCAUCCAAAGCUUAAUCCCUACAUAUAAACCCCCCAAUCCAAUUCCCAAACAAAAUACAUGUUUUUCCCACAUCAUACAGGUAUCACAAGUCUUCGGUUGGUCGUCGGGUAAAAGGAACAACCUCGGAUCACGUGCACUUUUACGCGGUAACCCAGCCAGGUCUCACGACGUACCUUGUACUACAAAGAUGGCACAUUGUGCAUCCCGAGCUUCAAGGCAGGGAAAGUGUUCGAACUCUCGUUUUGCUGCUGUGAUCAAUCAUUGAUUUCGCGUCUACGGGGUUUAUGACAUUAUACGGACUAUUUGGCAUUCAAGCGUGUGCGAGAGUAUAGCAAGAGCUUCGAAGACUACCAUCCCAUCACCCACAAUGCCUCCCCACGCCCAGGACGCCAUCCAGCGUCGCUCCCUCACCGACCCCGAAUCCUUCUGGAGCGAGCAAGCCUCCCAGCUUAGCUGGCACAAAAAGCCAUCUCGAGCACUCACCCUCACGCAAAAGACUCUCAAAUCCGGCAAAUCACACGACCACUGGGAGUGGUUCGCCGGCGGCGAGAUCUCCACCUGCUACAACUGCGUUGACCGCCACGUCGAGGCUGGGAACGGGGAUAGCGUGGCGAUUAUAUGGGAGAGUCCGGUGACGGGGGGGAGGACGACGUAUACGUACAAGCAGUUGCUGGAUGAGGUGGAGGUGUUUGCGGGGGUGUUGAGAGAGGAGGGGGUUAAGAGGGGGGAUGUGGUGUUGUUAUACAGUACGGCCUCCAGUUUCCUACCUAUCAAUUCCUCUCAAUCCCCAUCUUCAAAUCAGAGGGAGAAGAGAGAGACCAAAACUAACACCAACCGCAGUGCCCAUGAUCCCCGCAACCCUCAUCGGCACCCUCGCCAUCUCCCGCCUCGGCGCCAUCCAUGCCAUCGUCUUCGGCGGCUUCGCCCCCGCCGCCCUCGCGCAGCGCAUCGAAGACUCCAAGCCCGUCGCCCUGCUCACCGCCUCGUGCGGCAUCGACGGCUCCAAGCCCGCCGUGAGCUACACGCCCUUCGUGCGCCAGGCCAUCGCUUUAUCGUCUCACAAGCCGGGCAAGACGAUAAUCUGGCAGCGCGAUCAGCUGCGUUGGAAACUCGAUAAGAUGGCGGGGGAGAGGAAUUGGCAGAGGUCGGUUAGGAGUGCGAGGUUUAGGGGGGUGAAGGCGGGAUGCGUGCCGGUUAAGUCGUCGGAUGGGUUGUAUAUCAUCUACACCUCUGGCACGACGGGGCUGCCCAAAGGUGUGUUGCGCGAAGCGGGCGGUCAUGCGGUAGGCCUGCACCUAUCCAUCAGCUACGCCUUCGGCAUCCGCGGACCAGGCGACGUGAUGUUCUGCGCCUCUGACCUCGGCUGGGUGGUCGGGCACAGCUAUAUCCUCUACGCCCCGCUCCUAACCGGCGCCGCGACGGUGCUCUACGAAGGCAAACCCGUCGGCACCCCUGACGCCGGGGCAUUCUGGCGGAUCGUCGAAGAGCACAAAGUCAACACCCUCUUCACGGCCCCCACGGCGCUGCGGGCGAUCAAGCGCGAUGAUCCCGAGAACGCGCGCUUCCGCGAGGUGGGGGAGAGGGGGGGGUUGAGGUCGCUCAAUGCGCUGUUUUUGGCGGGUGAGAGGUCCGAGCCGAGUAUCGUGACGAUGUAUCAGGGUCUGCUGAAGCAAUAUGCUGGCAAGGGGGCUGAUGUGGUGGAUAACUGGUGGUCCUCCGAGUCUGGGUCUCCCAUCUCCGCCAUUGCUACCUUUCCCAACUCGGGCACCGGGCGCAACGCGACGACGCGAGUUGCACCGCUGACUGUCAGGCCGGGGGGGGCGGGGAAAGCGAUGCCGGGGUUUGAUGUUAGGGUUGUUGAUGAUGAGGGGGUGGAGGUGAAGGAGAGGACGAUGGGGAAUAUUGUGAUGGCGUUGCCGUUGGCGCCGACGGCGUUUAGGACGUUGUGGGGGGAUGAGGAGAGGUUCUAUGAGGGGUAUUUGGAGAGGUUUGGGGGGAGGUGGGUGGAUACGGGGGAUUCGGGGAUGAUGGAUGGGGAGGGGUAUGUUUAUGUUAUGUCGAGGUCGGAUGAUAUUAUCAAUGUUGCUGCGCAUCGGUUUAGUACUGGCACAAUCGAACAAGCCAUCUCCUCCUCCCCCCUCAUCGCCGAAUGCUGCGUCGUCGGCAUCCCCGACUCCCUCAAAGGCCACCUCCCCUUCGCAUUCAUCACGCUCUCCACCCCCUCCCACCCCACGUCCGCGACUCCCUCCGCCGCCGUCUUCGCCGAGAUUCAAGGGUUGGUACGUUCCCAGAUCGGUGCCAUCGCGAGCCUCGGGGGGGCGAUCCAGGGGAAGAAUAUGAUACCGAAGACGAGAUCGGGAAAGACGCUGAGGAGGGUGCUGAGGGAGUUGCUGGAGAACGCGGUGCAUGGCGAGUUUGACAAGGCGGUGAAGGUGCCGGCGACGGCGGAGGAUGCGGGGGUGGUGGAGGUGGCGAGGAAGAGGAUUAGGGAGUAUUUUGAGGAGGGGGGGAGGGAGCAGAGGGCGGCGAUUGAGGGGAGGGCGAAGUUGUAG